AUGAUUAAGAAAGAAUUGGAGCCUAUUAUUUCCAAGACCUCCGGCCGUUUGAAGGCUCGUUUCGACGCAUAUGUGGAGGGUCUACCGGGAAGUCAAUUGCGGCCCGAUAGCCAAUUUUUUGACGCGGCCUCCAAGACGGCUCACAUUUGUGACCUAGCCAUUGCGUUUGAAGCUCAGAAGACGGACGAUCCCGCUGGAGGUAACAUGCGUAUUCGUCAUGCGGAGAAGUUGAUGAAGUACCAGCGUGCAAACGAGUUUUUGGAGACGAUGGGAUGGCGAGUGCAAGUUUCUGCUUUGAUUUAUGGAGCUCUGGGAUCGGUUUUGCCCUCCAAUUACAAGGUGUUGACAGAUCAAUUACGAAUUACCAAGAGGAAGGCAAACCAGCUCAAUUACGGAUUUCGUGGGGACCCCAACUUCAACUGGACAACCACGUCGCGCCUCUACGCGCUGGGGUCCACCUCAAGCUUCGAACUCAUCAGCUCCAGUAUCGACACGCCGGACCAGCACUCGGUGGGAACUACCACCAACCUUCCCGCUGGUGCCGGUCUGACGGAUCUGAUGAACAGCGAUGAGAUUGUCAACGACGCUGCUCAAGUUGAUACCGUGGACGACGAGGCUGUUUGA